AUGCCUACUACCAAUCAAUUAAUUAAUAAUCCACGGAUUCCCAAAAAGCAUAAAAAAUCACACUGGUCUUUUCCCCAAAAAUCGGGAAUUUGUAAGAAAGUUGGGAAAAUGAAGCCCAAAAAACCGAAUUCGGCAUUACGAAGUUAUGCCCGAGUAAUAACAUACUUAAAAAAAAAGAGAAAAGAAGUUACGGUCUAUAUUCCCGGUGAAGGUCAUAAUUUGCAAGAAUAUUCGAGAGUUUUGUUUUGCGGGGGCGGACCCAAAGAUUUAGUAGGGGUAAAAUAUCAUGUUAUCCGGGGUUAUAGUGAUUGCGAAGGAGUAAAGAACCGAAAGCAAGGUCGUUCUCUUUACGGAACGAAAAAGAGUUAG